UCACCAGUCAUUUGGAUUCGUGGCUCCUUUAAGCGGCUCUUCUCCCCUCCCACCCCUUUACCCACCCUCCCCGUCAGGCAGCACGCGCAAAGCCAUGUGCUUCCCCCUCCCGUCUGCCUCAUUGGCCCGAACUGGGUCACGGUCCCGCCCCCAGUGCCGUCUCCCAUUGGGUGAAUGUAGGUCAGGGUCCCGCCUCUCUCCAAAAGGCAAGGUAACUUCACGCACUGAGACCCUCUCUCGCACUCCCAGGACUUGGCGGAUCCAGGGGUCCCAUUGGCUGUGCGUCUCGAGGGGUCAAGACGCGAUUGGCCCGCGCUUUCAGCCGGAGGGAGGCACGCGGCUGGGGUGCAAGGCCGGAGUCGGGCGGGGGCCGAGAGGAGGGGUGCGCGCUGUGGCGUCGGGUGUUUUGGUUUGGCUUUUUUUUUUUUUUUUUCCGCGAAAGAAGUUUGCUUUGGCCACGCCUCAAGGCAGCCGCCUCCUCCUGCCCUCUCCCCGGCCCUCCGCGCACACCUCUUGGUGCAGAUUGCAAAGCUCCUUCCUUGGAGAGGGCUGCAGAUUUUGCAAGAGCCAGGCUCGCCCACCUUGUAGAAGGAGCGCCUUGUGUCCCCUUGAACCCUCGGUUGCAAAGAGCCGGCCGCCUGAUUUGAUCAGCCCCUCACCCAGACUGUAUGGUCUCCUGGGACCCUCUUGAGUUGCACGUUUCUGCACCGAGGACUGCAAAUCCCCGUCGCUCCUAGGAUUUGCAGUGUUCUGGAUACUGGAGGCUUGCAAGCUACGCUCGCCCGCCCCUGGGCAGACACUCGCCCGAACCACAGGAGUGUGCUGCUGACUGGCAAGCCAGCUGUUCGCCUCUCCAUGAACCCGUGAGCCUGCGGGCAGGUGCCGGGCGAUGGCGCGGCCCGUGAGCGACAGGACUCCGGCCCCCCUGCUGCUGGGCAGCCCGACCGGGGCCCCCCCUGGCGGGGGAGCGCUGCUUGGGCUGCGGAGCCUUCUGCAGGGGACCAGCAAGCCCAAAGAGCCAGCCAGCUGUCUGCUGAAGGAAAAGGAGCGCAAGGCGACCCCGCCGGCAGCCACGGUCCCCGGGCCGGGCCUGGAGCCAGCGGGACCGGCGGAUGCCUCAGCUGGGGCGGUAGUGGGCGGCGGGUCCCCACGGGGACGCCCGGGGGCUGCGCCCGGCCCGGGUCUGUUGGCGCCGCUACUGUGGGAGCGGACGCUGCCGUUCGGCGACGUGGAGUACGUGGACCUGGACGCCUUCCUGCUGGAGCAUGGGCUCCCUCCCAGCCCGCCGCCCCCCGGCGGCCCGUCGCCAGCGCCCUCGCCCGUGCGCACACCUGCACCCUCCCCGGGGCCCGGCUCCUGCGGCUCGGCUUCCCCUCGCUCCUCGCCCGGGCACGCCCCCGCCCGGGCUGCCCUCGGGGCCGCCGGCGGCCACCGCGCAGGCCUGACCUCUCGGGACACACCCAGCCCUGUGGACCCAGACACGGUGGAGGUGCUGAUGACCUUUGAACCUGACCCAGCUGAUUUAGCCCUGUCAAGCAUUCCCGGCCAUGAGACCUUUGACCCUCGGAGACAUCGCUUCUCAGAGGAGGAACUUAAGCCCCAGCCAAUCAUGAAGAAGGCGCGGAAGAUCCAGGUGCCAGAGGAGCAGAAGGACGAGAAGUAUUGGAGCCGGCGGUACAAGAAUAACGAGGCAGCCAAGCGGUCCCGCGACGCCCGGAGGCUCAAGGAGAACCAGAUAUCGGUGCGGGCGGCCUUCCUGGAGAAGGAGAACGCCCUGCUACGGCAGGAGGUGGUGGCGGUGCGCCAGGAGCUGUCCCACUACCGCGCCGUGCUGUCCCGCUACCAGGCCCAGCACGGAGCCCUGUGAGGCCGCCCCCACCCCAACAGGCGGAGCUCUCCUCCUCCUCGCUCAGACUUGCGCCCUGACGCCCUCUUCCCUCCCCGCCCUGUGGCCCACGGGCCGGCCAGCUGGGUGCCCCAGGGAUGUGAUGAUGCAGAUAAAUACAUUUAUAUUUUUAAGAAAAAGUGAGCCUCCCCGCUCCCUCAUGGGGGCGGGGAAGGUCCUCAGUGUGUGCCCCCCGGCACGUCGGGGACCCCAUCCUCCCACCGCCUCCGUUAACACGAUCCUGAAUAAAUCUUGAGAACCCCAGA